AUGGUCGAGAUGACCGCCAUGCAGCGUCAGGCAGGGAGACCGCGGCGCCACCUCCGCUCCUCAAGCUCUGACCAGGACAUCCUUGGCGAUGCAUCUCAGAGGGACAAGCAGACAAAUUACAACAUGGAAAGCAACGGGCUUCAUACUUCACGUCAAGCAGAUUCUGCGUUCUUGAACGAUGAUUGGAGAGUAAACCGGCGUCCACGGCGAGCUACAACUGGCUACGCCAAAAGUCCUGCGGCUGCCCCCUUUCCAUCCCGCGAGCCCGUUGCGGACCACACACAACGACCGUCACGCCACGGGCUUCAUGUAGACACUUCAGUCACCGACAGAUUUGGUUCUUGCCGAUAUAGAGCCUCCCCGAUCGACUCCGUCUUAAUACAUUCUGCUCCCGCCAGGGAAAAGCAGACGGCGCCUGUGCGAGUCGUCUCGUCCGAGUCUGAUUCGUCAUGGGAGAUGAUGCCAGCCACGGUUGAGGUCAAGUCUGGAUCUCUGCAAAAGACCAGAGAUGCAGGACGGUCAACUGUAACCAGACGCAACAUACCACUGUUUCGCCUCCGGCACACUUCUUCAAUGCACAGUUCCAGCUCAGAUAACGAAUGCCCUUCAACACUUUCCCCAGCGCUCUUCAUCGAGCUCCGUCAAAUUGGUGGCCACACGGCUCCAUUUCGUCCUCGUCCAUGGGGCCCCGAUGACCUAGCUGUUCUAGAAAGCGCAACUUCGUCGGUACAUUCUUCCGAGGAGAACGUAGACACUGGCUACUCUUCUGUGUCACAGGGAACGUCACAAACAAGGACUUCACGCGCGAGACUGCCUGAUGAAUCGAAUCAAGAUUCCAAAGGCGAUGAGGUGGCAAAUGAGCAGGCCCGUUUCUCAGCGUUGAUUGAGAGACUACAAAAGUCAGCAUCGAAGAAGCGAAAUUCACCCACAGGAUCGGUUAUCGAAAUUCGCCCUCCUCACUUGGCAGCAGGACCCUGUUCAAGUGGUUCUUACCAGUUGCACAUCUCUCGCCCCAAAACCCCUGCGGUUUUGUCGGCAUCAAUGACCGCUUCAAAUGAAGCAAAGCUGAAUCCGAAGGCCCCAGAGUUUCGCGGGUCUCUCUUAUCUGCUCCGGAGCCUCUAGUCUCGCAACCUUUCCAGUAUCCACAGAGGCCCUUUCAACCUCCUUGGGGAGUCGACGGGGAGUCACUCCAAAGCUUCCCUGAUCCUAAUGUUACAAACGACCAAGCUCGCCAUAUCGUGCCCAGCUAUGAAGUCUUCAACGAGACUCAAGCAGCAUACAACCCCUCCGGCCUCUUUGUGCCUGUCGUUCCUCAAGAUGAGAGUCAAAUCACUUAG